GACGGACGAGAACGAGAACGAGAACGAGAAGAUCGAAGGAUGAAGGGACUGUUUCUGAUCCUACUGCUCGUGUACGUCGUUUCGGCGACUCGAUGCAUCGUGAAGGACGACAAGGACGUGCCAGAGGUUCACGUGAUCCGCUUAGGAGAUCGCAGUGGAGAGUCAGACGAAUCGGACGUAGUCACGCUGCAGAUCCCGGACACGAGGCGCAAAAGGGAAACGCAUGAAAUUUGCAAGAAGGACACCGAUUGUACGAAAGGAGAGGUCUGCGUCCCUUAUUUAGGAUGCAUAAAAGGACAUCGAAAAGAUCGUGCGUCGGAUAAUUUCACUCAGAUGUAAUUUCGAAUUUGAUCCAACGAUGAAGCAUUAUCUACUCCUCGAUAUAUAGUAACAAUCUACUUAUACGCACCUUACACUUGUACGCACCUCGACAUAUCGAAAUAAUAAAGCGACUGGCAUUGAAAAAA